AUGAAAAAGGCUAAGGCAACCCCCACAGGCGAUGCAUGUCAUUCAGGCCCAAAUGGCGUCUGCUCUACGACAGGAAGAGCAUGUGAGGUAGUGGCAGCAUUAAAAAGUCAUAAAAUUGACUUCUGCACAGUGCAGGAGACCAGGUGGACAAAAGUAGAGCAAUUUGAAGAAUGUUUGAUGAAAGUUGUCUUGGCUAUGGACAAGAGGAACAUCCAUAUAUUCUUGUGUUAUGCUCCGCAAACAGGAUGCAUGCAAAAGACAGAAGAUGACUUUUGGAUGUUGCUUGAUGAUAAGAUCUUAGAAGUGCCACAUGAAGAUAGUCUCAUUGUAUCUGGUGAUCUCAAUCGUCAUUUUGGUUCAAAUGCAGCUGGAUACUGA